AUGUUCCCACGCUCUGAGAUUGAAUACCCAGCACCCAGAAGGGACCAGCUUAUUUAUAAAAGAGCGCUCGCUCUUCCAGCUACUAGGACGCAGCCUAUCAACGACCUUCGACCAUUCUCCUCCAACGUCAGCAUACUCCUUCGAUUUCUCAUAAUGUUCAAGGUAACUAUUAUACUUUUAGCUGUCACGUGUUGCAUAUCAGCUUCCCCAUUGGUUCAAUCAAAGAAACUUUGCGGAGAUGAACUUUCAUCUACAGUAGUUCUUUUGUGCAAAAGUUUCGAGCCAAGUUUGGAUUUCAGCGAAGUAGUCAUACCCCAGAGUUUGGCUGAUGAAUGCUGUCAUAGACCUUGCAGUCCGUUAACUCUCAUCUCAUUCUGUCCAUUUUCUCUGAUUAGUCAAAAUGCAGUGGUAUAAGACUCAAAGGAGAGGAUGUAACAUGUUAUUGAAAAAAAGAUGGAUGUUUUGAAAGCACGAUGGAAUUUUGUUGUUAUUAGAUUGCUUUUUUUAUCUCUUGUUUAUGUGAUUUAUCACAAUUGUUAUUUGAAAAUAUACCUGUUUUAAUGUCGAAAUAAAAUGUAUGUGUAUGUGUUAUAA